AUGACCCCUUCGCCAAGCAAUCAUUCAUCAGUGGCUGAGUUCACCUUACAAAGUUUCUCUGAAAAUCCUCAGGUUCAGAUCUUCCUCUUCAGCCUCUUCUUAGGACUUUUCAUCCUGGCUUUCACAGGUAACUCCCUCAUUGUCAUUGUGAUCAGUCUAAAUCCAGGCCUCUAUACUCCCAUGUACUUUUUCCUUAUAAAUUUGGCCUUGAUGGACGUUCUCUCUGCCUCCACUGUGGUGCCCAAGUUGCUGCACAACCUAAUGACCAAGAACACCAUUUCCUAUGGUGGCUGCAUAGAUCAAAUCUAUUUCCUAAGUAGGUGUAUGGGGGCAGAGCUCUUGCUUUUCACAGCCAUGGCCUAUGAUCAUUAUGUAGCCAUCUGCCAGCCCCUCCAUUACAGCACUAUUAUGAGCAAGGCAGCUUGCUGCCUCAUAGCAUCUGCAGUGUGGGCUAUUAGUGGGACCAAUGCAACAAUAAACAUCAUCAUGACUGUUCGCUUGUCUUUCUGUGGCCCCGAUGUCCUUGAUCAUUUCUUUUGUGAGAUUCCUCCAUCAUUGCCUCUCUCCUGCUCUUCAACCUAUAUCAACAAUGUAAUGGUACUGGUGGCAGACAUGUUCUUUGCUCUUUUCAAUUUUCUGCUCAUUCUGGUGUCCUAUGGUUUCAUCAUCUCCAGCAUCUUGAAGAUCCGGAGUAAGAAAGGGAAGAAGAGAGCAUUUUCCACUUGUUCCUCCCACCUUAUUGUGGUCACUAUGUAUUACUGCCCUAAAAUUUAUAUUUAUAUUCUUCCUGGUUUGGGUCAGUCUCUGAAGGAAGGCAAAGUAGCCUCAGUGUUUUAUACCAUAGUGACCCCAGCCCUUAACCCUCUGUUCUACUCCCUGAGAAACAAAGAUGUGAAAAUAGCCCUGAAGAAAUUAUGUCCAUUUCUUAGGAAAUUAUUGGCCAUUUGGCAAACUGAUAUAGCUGAGAAUAAUGGGAUUAAGAAUAUCAUUUGCACAACCACAGUGGUGGCCAAUUUGUUGGAGAACCUGGUGGAGGAGAAGAAAGCCAUCUCCUUUGUUGGGUGCAUGACUCAGAUGAUGGGUGGGCUGGAUUCUGGAAUGCAUACAGUGAUGCUGGUACAAUUGUCUUUCUGUGGUCCUAAUGUCAUUGAUCACUUUUUCUGUGAGAUCCCCCCAAUCCUGCCACUUCCUUGCUCCUCAAUACAGGUAAAUGAGCUUAUGACCCUUGUGACAGAUCUCCUCUUGGGUGGUGCCAAUUUCUUUCUGACCAUAAUGUCCUACGGCUUUAUCAUUGCCAACAUCUUGAAGAUCCAGUCUGAAGAGGGGAAGAAGAGGGCAUUCUCUACAUGUUCCUCCCACCUCAUGGUGGUCACCAUGUACUAUUUUGCUGUAUUUUGUGCUUAUAUAAGUCCAAGUGCCAGAUAUUCUCCUGAAAAAGGGAAGGCUGUGGCUGUGCUGUAUACCACUGUGAGCCCUGCUGUAAAUCCACUAAUCUAUACUCUGAGGGACAAGGAUGUCAAAGCAGCCCUCAGAAAACUCUUGGUUUUGACAGUGUUAGUUGGUGUUGCAUGGCCUGAGAGCAUUCGCAGCACAAAGUGCACAUGCUUUGUGUUCAGGACCAAGGCUGCAGAUGAAGUUGCCUGA